AUCAACGAGAUCUAGAGUUUCGGUCCCGCUAGUCUGUUGACCGACGUCUUUUACCCCUGGGAAUGUUUGACGUGACAGUAAAAACGCUUGAUGGUAGAGACUCUGUAUUCCAUAUAGAAGAUGAGGCCAUUAAAAUCGAAGAUUUCAAAAAAGAAAUAGAACAGAAGUUGAACAUCGCAGCUGAACAACAACGCCUAAUUUUUCAAGGAAGAGUUCUGAACAAUGAACAGACCUUGUUGGAAUGCGGCAAGUUUUUAGUUGCAUUUCAUUCAUUUGUUAAUCUUGUUACAACAAAACCGUUCUACCGGUAUAAAAAUAUCCUUCAUUUUAUUCGGUUAGACACAUUUAGCUAAUUGGAUUGUGACUCAAAAUUUGACAGGCUUCAAGCAAACACUAUCAAUGAUGCACGACUUCUUAGUAUUUUUCAGUUCAUUUGAAUAGUUUAUCUUUGUAAAUUACUACACGAAUUGGUAGAAUACCAGUCUCCAGAAAUUCAAACCACCUUAGUGUUCGUCACUCGUUACGUUAGCACUAUCUCAUUCUUGUAUUGUGCCACUAGAUCCAUUACAACUGUCAUAGCUACGCGGUGCUCGUACGUCGGCCUCUCAGUUUAAAUAGUGUUUACAUGUCCUGAUUUAUUCAUGGCUUUGUUAUAUCUGGUCUUACUGAUAGUAUAAUUCUAGUUUUGGUGCAUUAUGGAAUUUUGAGCUAGUGAACAUCAUUACAUUGUCUAACCGAUUCAGUUCUAGUUCCAACUGUUAUGACAACUAAUAGGUCAUUAUCACUAAACAGCAAUGUGACAGGAUUGCAAACUACAUCAUGAGCAAGGACAGUAAAUGGCGGAAUUUUAAUUCAUUGGCGAGCCAAUCAGAUUUAAAAUAACAGGUCUCGGAUUUUAACACGGAAUUCAUUCACCCGUUCGUCUGAAUAACGCAUUAGCAUUUUAAUUGAUGUCAAUUCGUGAUGAAAACCAUAAGUAUAAUUCCUAACCCUAACCACCAGUUAUAAAUCAUAAUCCUUAUUCUUCACACUUUUGUAACCCUCAUUUAGUUCUAGUAAGUAGGCAAACAUUCCCAAGGUCACUUCGGCGUCGCUCAUAAGUCGUCCAUAAUUUUAAAAAAUAUUGGAAUAAAUUUAUCGAGCGCACCGGGGUUUUGCGAACUCAUGUCAUCUAUAACGUAGGUGAGACCCAGAAAACUAGCAGCAGCCUGCUUAGCUUUAACUAACGGUUGUAAACUGUGACCUUUGAAUGUGAGUAGGUCAGAUGUAGAUAAUCAGGUGAGUCCAUUGGUAGAGCUGUAAACUGUUGUCCGCUAAAGUGACUUAAACAUGUGUUAAGUAUUCUAAUCACCUCCCAUUGUGACACUAAUCGCUGACUGAAGCAUUAAGUAGGAAGAAAACAGGGUAAUCAAACCAAGACUUGGCAUCAAUUCACAAAAUGAUUGUUGGAUUCAAGCAUGAUGAGUAACGUUCACAUUAUACAAGUGGUUAGUGGUUGCCUGAAAAUAAAAUAAAAAUAAGCAUUAAUAAGCACUUUACGUUUGAUCUCGUAACGCAAUCAAUGUUUUUUCAGAAGCCUGGAGAGUAGACUGUCAGGAGUGGUCUUGACAAACCAAUAAUUUAUUUAUUUAAACACAAAUAUUGGUACAAAAAGGCACCAGAUGCAUAUGCGCCACACAAAUCUCAUCCGAUUUGUGUGAGGGCUGUGAUACUGCCCAGGUGCCCGAACUGAAGCAGGUGCUUUUUUAGGGGGCCACACCCAGAGCCUUUAACCUAAAGAUCUGAUCCACAAGGCAGUGGAGCAUCGUGAGGAGAUGCAGUCCCAUGGUAGUUGGUGACCGACGAUUAAUUUAUACGCCGUUUGUUCCAUCAGGAUCCUGGAGCCCAUGAGCACCAUUGGUUGCAAUAAGGGUUUCCCAACUCCUCUAGGUGGAGUCUCCAUGUCCACCAAACUGGUUAAAGCGCCGGACAUUCGCUCUUCGUCCUCUUAAUUUUGUAAACAACAGUAGUGCCACGAGAGGGCAGUGAGUAGGACUUCCCUGGUGCAGGCUAUAUACGUGUGACCAUGUGAGAGCAUUUAGAAAGGAAGAUCAGACUCUCUACACUCUCGGCCGUACCAGGGCAUUUGGGGGCACCAAAAGCGUGUCUGCAGAUCCCAGAUGACGGCUGCACAGUCCCAGUUGGGUACUAGCACUUUGUGGGUAGUUCUUUUUGUUCUAAGGCCGCCCUUUUUAAAAUCCCUUUCUGUUUUGACAAGGCAGCAUCACUGGAGAUACUCGUUAUCCAAAAAGGACGUUUUCUUUUCAACAUAUCCCAGUAAAGUUGGCCAAAUGUCUGAACUUCAGACCAUACCGGCGUUUGGCUGUUUAGUAUGACUAAUCGUUUCACUGGGACUCGGAGUCUAAUGCAUCAUAGUGUACUCAAUCUCAGACUGCAGGAUCUCAUCGAUCUCACAGGCUAUUAUACCGUCAAAACCACACUGAUUUCUUUUUUGGGACACCUUUCGUGAUUUUUAUGAAGUGGUUCAUGUAACUGGUGUUUAAAAUUGUAGGAAAAUUUGGAUAUUGCUUAAUUCAGUUUUCUUUGGGUCCAGGUAUUCAAGGUAAAGUGGUACAUCUCGUUGUCAGGCCCCCUCCAACUACCAGAGAACAAUCAUCUUCUGGAACUGCAACAGCUGACUCAACAGCAAACAUGGGUGGUUCUGGUCUAGGCGGAUUUACGUUUGGAGGUAUAAGCAUGCAACAAGCUAUACAAGACAUUACCUCUGGGAUACUAAGUGGUGUUAGCGAGCUGAGCAGAGCUACUAACCUCUCUCUCUCUCGUGAUGGUGAUCUUUCUGGCGACUCCCUUCAUGAUCAUUCUUUAAUAACCUUACGAGAAAAUACUUUCAAUAAAUUGCAUCGCCAAGCCACUCGCCUUACUCAGAAAAUAUCCCAAAUACCCUAUAAAGACUCUCAUAAUAACAAGGCAAAACCAUCAGAAACUGAUCCAUCUCCUUCCACAUCGCAUUCCACAAACCAACGUGACGUUCAGAAGGAUGAUAUUGUUAAUGCUUGUGAUAAUGUAAAUAAAACGUCCAGACGAGAAUCAUCACCCAUGUUAGUGGAUACCGAUGAAUUUGAUAAAAUUCCCCCAGGUGAAAUCGAAAAUCUUAAUAAUGAUGAGCAACCGAAAGCUGAGGAAGAAAAUAACACAGAAACUGUAGAUAAUUCAAUAAAUUCCACACCAGAACCUUCUUUGGCUUUGCUAGCAGAUAUGCUUAGCAGAUAUCGUCAACUGUGGCACUCAAUAGAACCACAGUUAGACCUGUGGGAAGAAAUGUUACAUAACGAAAGUAAGAUUGUUGGCACUACUUCUGAAGUCUGCUCCACUGUUGAAGACUCUUCCACAUUAGAAGAAAUUGGUCAAACAUCACAAAAUAUUGAAACUACGAGGAGAACAACUCUAUCGAACUGGCAUCCACGUUUGUUUUCCCAAGUAAGCCGUUUACUACACUUGAACGCCCAUAUGCUUCAUUUGAUAUCUGAUUUCAACGUGAUUACUAUGACAGAACGGGAGACACAACAGGUCAAUAGUACCGUCUCUACUUCUCAGAGUAGUAACUCGGAACCUAAAACAUCAACAAGUGAUGAAUCUCAAAGACAGGAUACUGACGCGAAUACUUUAAUUGACCUCACGCGUGAUCCUGCAAAAGAACAAAAGCCAGUUCCUCAAGUCAAACGAUGUACUCAACGGGUUUUAAGCGUUUCGGACACUGAUAGACGUCGGAUACGUGCGCGGAUUAGCGUUGAACCACCUGAUCUUACGAUUGUGGCAACUGGAGACGGACAGGAACCACGCAUUAUUAGAUCCGAACAUUCUGUUUCCAAUACUGGCUCCACAACUUCACGCAUCCGAAGUCGAUCUGCGUCUAAUGUAAACCGCGCUAGUAACCUUCAAACGGAAAAUAUUCCAGCUGUAACAAGUUCAUCCGGUACACCUAACCCUGCGAUGACUACGACGACAACUUCUUUAGGCAAUGGACGCACCGCUAUUAUCCAUCGGUUUGACAUUCCAAUAAUAUCCGUAAACACAUUUAGUCUCCCAGCUGCUCCAUUUCUAGCAUCACUUUCAUCUCCAGUAACUGCAACAAAUGCUCCUACUAGUGUUGUGUCGAUACCAUCUACUACUCGCACUGUAACUACUUCCAGUGAUUCACUACCAACUACUCAUACUAACGUAACUAUGGUCCCUCGUCCAUCACUCCCCCCACUUACGGUAAUCGACUCAGUUGACCCUUUUUUGGCAUGUAAUUCUCGUCACUUUUCACGUGAAGUUGGUCAUAGAGUUUCUACUUCAUACAGUUUACCAGAACCACCACCACUUACACCAAUUAAUGAUGUCAUCACCACACAUGGUGUUAAUAUUAGUCGUUUGGGUCGUUCGCAAGCAACUGUAGAACCUGCCAGUUUAAACAACCAAGCAAGAUCCGGUUUACCGUCUCAAGUUCCUUCUUCGUUUGCAGAAUGUGUACCACCAAGUGCCCCAGGUAAUCCACCUACAGUAAACACUGGAUCCGCAGGUACUAGACCUCCUGGAUCAUUUUCCUUCGGUUCAGGAAUCAAUCUUCCACAACACCUUCUAUCUCUUGUAUCCGCAGCCACUAAUGCCGCAAUUUCUGCUGUGAGUACUGAUAAUUUCACUCCCGGUCCCUCACCUUUCAAUCUACUUGUUUCAUCGUCACCCAUACAAUUCUCAAUGAAUCCAUCCCAUCCUGUGACAAAUUUAGCAGGAAGUGCAACUUCAACAACAACAACAACAACUAGUGGAUCAACGACGCAUAGUUCUUCAAGAAUUUUUCCUCAAGCUAAACCAUCUUGGGUUUCUAAUGAAAUAAACCAAUCGCAACUUAGAGGGAUAUCUCAAAUCUUCAGUGUACUCAUAGAUGGUUUGAUUAAAACAGUAUGGUCCAGGAUUUCCCGGUCAUCGAAUUUAGUGGUUGCCUGCGAAUAUGUCAAUGAUCCAAACUAUUCCGUGAAUAGCGCAUCACGUGGUCGAAGUGUAUCCGUUGGGUUAUUAAGUGAUAUUAUUACCGCCAUUCAUAAUGAGGUCAAUGAGCAUCCUGAUACUCAAAGCUGCGGUCACAUCACUUCAUCCUCCUUGGAUGGUUUACGCGAACAUCUGCAACAUCACCUUUUCUGGGCCGAGUCAGUUUUGGGGAACAACCAAACAGAACUUGUCAAUUCCUUAGUUAAUGUUAUUUUUAGAGAUCGAUUGUCAGAUGCUUCUCACAGUGAAUACGCAACAUGGCUAAGGAAUUUUGGUGAAAAUCUCCCUGAACACUUGGUUGAUAUAACAGCAUCAUUUGCCAAAUUAUGUAGGUAUAUAAUUUCUUCGCAAUUGGAUUUGUGGAGAGCCAGUCCGACGAAUACCGGAUUCGGUAAUACCCUACUGAUGACUCUCAAGAUUGCUUGUACAGAUCUUCUGUGCUUAACAGAUAUCCUUACAAAUCAUCUUGCUUCUUCUUUGGGUAUCGAACUACACACUGAAUCGAGUUGUUCUGAAAGUUCUCAAGGAAUUCGAAACCAGAUGUUUGGUAUCACUACAGGCUUUGAUAUAUUGUUGGAUCAUUUAAAUUCAUUUCUGCAAGAAAAUGAGGAUGAUGAAAACUUCGACUUUGCUCAAGACUUUAUAACAGGUUUUGAGAAUUGUAUUAAAUCAUACUGUGAUAUGGAUGAAACCACAUUACGUGCUAAGGUGACACACCAAAAGUCCUCAUACAUAGAGUUCAGGAAAUCUCAAAUGCCUUCACCUAUGAUGGUUGAUCCGGUUAGUCUUCUUUAUUUUCAUUUUACACAUUAUAAUAUUAGAUGAUCAUGCGAACAUAGUAAAGCGGUGGUCCGGUAAAUUUAUAAGUUGUGUUUACAAGUGGAUUGAAUGUGUAAAUAUGGUGAAACGUGUGAAUUAUCUAUAUUAUAUACAAAUAGAUUUUCCCUUACGCGAGUGUUCAUUACUAUCUUUCAGUCAAACGGUGAAAUCCAACGAAAUGUAUUUGAUGAUGAAGAUUUGCACGGUGAUGAUUUACCGUUUUUAGAUGCAUAUUCUGAUUUGCCUUCGGAUGAAAUGAACCAUCCUAUAUCAGCUGUUCCAAAAAAUAAUGUACACACUGGUCGUCUUAAAUUACAAUCAAAAAUAUCUUCCUUACCUGAUUGGACUCCAAAACCAGGAGAAUUGCCUAACAGUAUGAUAAAUGGACUUGAUCCUAAUCCGAAUGCUACUCUGUCUAUAAGUAAUGACCUAUCAGUUCCAAAUGAAACAGAAGGUUGGCACGCUGUUUUACCCCCUGCCUGGAUUCAUGUAGUCACCAGUGAUAUAUCUGCCAUGUCACAUAACCCUCCAACUACUGAUGAUCCUAAUCAAUUCGGACGAUUUAGUGAUGGAUAUAUAGCAGGCAUGCCUGCGAAAAGAAGAAAGGUUAUGCAAGAACACUCAGCAUCUUUAUUUCAAUCACCUGAUCAAUUAUUCAUAGAAUGCUUAUCCGAUGCUGUUGCGAGUGAUUAUGUUAAUAAAGAGAAGACAAACGAACAUUCGAAUAAUGAUGUAGAAGAUAAAUACAAGUCGAAUCUCAGAAGACUACCUGCUGCAGACAUUAAACUCGUAAACUCUUUGAAAGACAUUGUCUCAGAUCGACUAGCAGUACGCUUGACGAAUGACCCAGACUUUGAUACAGCACAAUUCCCACUGUCUACUCAGAAAUUUUUGAGACGAGAUCCAAAGGCACGAAUGUAACGUAAAUUAGGUGUGUGCAGGGAUAACGUUCUAGCUUGUUUAAAAUACUUUAGUGGCUAUUAUAAUAUAUGGAUUUCAUACUAUUUCGAGCAGGAUACCAAAUUUUAUUGUGUAUUGUCAGUUUCACAAGUAUGUAUGCUUACUUUUAGAAUGUCAAAAACUAACAGUAUGAUGUCAAGUUUUUUUAUGAACUUGUCGCAGUUAAUGGUUCGGGACGUUAUGAACCUGUGUAUGAUGUUAACUGCCAUAAAGUUUAAUAAAAACACAAGUUUGGCACAUAAUUUUUUUUGAAA